AUGACAGUGUGUCAUCACACUGUGAGUUCAAUAGCUGACUGUCCAGGCAAGGGUGGGUGGCGCUAUGACUGUGGGUGGCGCUAUGACUGCUGGUGGCGCUAUGACUGUGGGUGGCGCUAUGACUGCGGGUGGCGCUAUGACUGCGGGUGGCGCUAUGACUGCUGGUGGCGCUAUGACUGCUGGUGGCGCUAUGACUGUGGGUGGCGCUAUGACUGUGGGUGGCGCUAUGACUGCGGGUGGCGCUAUGACUGCGGGUGGCGCUAUGACUGCGGGUGGCGCUAUGACUGCGGGUGGCGCUAUGACUGCGGGUGGCGCUAUGACUGCGGGUGGCGCUAUGACUGUGGGUGGCGCUAUGACUGUGGGUGGCGCUAUGACUAG